UGGUCUGCCACCAGAGAUAAACAUGUUCCAGGGAGCAUCGUUGCUCAUGCAGUCAGCCUUGAUUCGAUUUGACGUUUUCCUGUUUUAAAUCCUAUCAUCUUUGUUGGGGAAAUCCACGGACGAACUCAAGGAGAGGAUACGUACUCUUGGAGAGUGCGAGAGUUUGCUGCCCAAGUUUGGAGACCGGACGCCAGCUGGAGAGCGCCCGGUGCGCGCGUUAAUUACAACGACACAGGCGAUUAUUGAGAGGAUCUGAAGAUGAAUGACACGGGCACUUUUUGCCAGAAAAACCACACAGAGAACUUGACUGACUUGUCAUGUCUGAAUUCACGUCCCUCGUACAACCACAUCGACAUCACAACUUUCAUGCACAUAUUCCCUUCGAUUUAUGGCAUCCUGUGUUCAGUGGGAGUGUUAGCCAACGGACUGGUCAUCUACGCGGUGAAAUCAUGCAAGAAGAAAAUGGUAUCAGACAUCUACGUGCUGAACUUGGCGAUAGCCGACAUGCUGUUCUUGCUUGUGAUGCCCUUCAACAUUCACCAGCUGGUCAGAGACAGACAGUGGGUUUUCGGAAACUUUAUGUGCAAAGCGGUCGUGGUGGUGGACGUCAGCAACCAGUUCACCACAGUGGGAAUUGUUACUGUGUUGUGCAUUGAUCGGUACAUAGCUGUUGUUCACCCCGCCUCAGAGAAGAGGACCAUCCAGUGGACCAUCAUCAUCAACCUGCUGGUGUGGCUGGGCAGCUUCCUCCUCACAGUCCCCGUCAUGCUGUACGCCAAGGUUGUGCGCAGACGGCAUUUGGAGGUGUGCAUGAUGAACCUGGACGGGCCUGAGGACAUGUACUGGUACACACUCUACCAGUCUAUCCUGGGCUUCAUCAUCCCCCUCAUCAUCAUCAGCACCUUCUACUCACUCACCCUCUACCACGUCUUCAGCUCCAUCCGCCGCGUCAAACGUAAGCAGUCCGUUUGGGCUAAAAGAGCCACCAAGAUGGUCCUCAUGGUUAUCGCCCUGUUCCUGAUCUGCUGGUCGCCCUACCAUGUCAUUCAGGUGGUCAACCUGGCCAACAACACCCCGACAAUUGCAUUCGUCUAUGCCUACCACAUCAGUAUCUGCCUCAGCUACUCCCACAGCUGCAUCAACCCGCUUAUGUUGCUCAUUUUUGCGCAGAGUUACCGCGAGCGUCUUUGCUCCAGGAACACACUGCAAAGCUCCCAGCACUCAUCCAAGGUCACGGUGGUCAAAGUGGAUGGUUGCAGUGUGACCAAUGAUCUCAACUACCGCUCUACUAUCAUCUAAUCGAAGACAUGUCUUUUUUUUUUAAUGUAAAUGUUUUUGCUGCUCGCAAGGAAGUAGUUUGAUGAAUGGCUGAAGUCAUAUUCUGCAACUUUUUCACAUAAAUAAAUUGGAAAUUGAUACCAUACAAAAAAACUGGGUAUGAGGCUUGUGCAGAAAUGUCAACCAUGAGUAAGAAAAGUACAGGUAAUGUCAAAGGUGUUCAACAUAUGCAGUGUAACACUCACUCACUCACUGUCACCUAUAGUCAUUCCUAUUAAAGCUGAGCUAUAUCGUUCUGUGCAGGAUGAACCUCCAUGUCACACACUUGCCUGAUGACAUGCACUCACAUGUGUAAAACUACACUCAUGAUGAUAAUAAUAAUUACAUAUUACUCAUUGUUAUUUAUGGUGAUAUUAUUAUUAUUACCGUAUUAUAUGUGUUUAUCUACCUAGUGCUUUCCACUCCUUUGUUGUUACAAUAACUGUUGUUGUUGUUGUUAUUAUUUAUUUAUUUGUAUUAGUUUUUAUCUUAAUUUUUAGUCCUCCUACAACAAGGCACAUAAUCAUUUCCCAGACGGACCUGGUACCCGGUCCAUCCCUGUCCCGUUAUUACGAUGAAAGAUGGUCUAUUUAUAAAAAAUAUGCAUGUUAUAUUGUUUUGAAAAGAAGGAGUCUUCAGCUUUCAGAAUCGAUGUCCAAACUAUGUUUUAUUAGGAAGUAUUUUAACAAUAGAGUCGCACAAAUUCAACCGUUGUAAAUAUACAAGCAAGUGGCGUUCAGAAGAUCUGGGAUACAUGUUCGUCUACAAUGACAUUCGUGGUAUCCCUGGAAACAUCGAUACACA